AUGACUCCUCCCCCAUCGUCGCAGAUCCCUGGAGCCCCUCUUCGACAAUCACGGUCUCGAUCUAGUUCAUACCUUGCAUCUCCACCCGAUAUUGAGAAGACUCUGUGUGUCGCUUAUGGAGCUUCUGAGAACCUCCCCACUACUGAUGAAAUCGAUACUGCCGACGAAUCCAAACUCCGUGCAAUCGCCAAGGAGCUACUGGGCGUGGCUCAAGAGGCUCGCAUGUCAGCGCUGCACUUCAAGUUACAGAAUAGCCUACUAUCAUUCACAAGCAAUGAGGCCAUCAAGCGCGCCGAGGUUGAACAUAAAUUGGCUAGAAGGGAAGUCGAGAUUCUCCAGAGCUCUGAAUAUCGCCGUCGUCAUUCGGAAACUAAACCGCCACAACAAAUUGCCAAUGUUGAAUUAGAACUUGCUCUCAAACGUUAUCAAGAGCUGGAGAGGGUCAAUGCUACUCUUGACCGGCGACUUCGCCGAGCGAAGAAGCUUAUCGACCAGGAGAAAGUGAAGUCCGAUCGACUCGGUGAAGAAAAUUCUUUGUUGAAAGGCCGUAUCAGAGAUAACCGAAAGCAUCUUUCCUUGAUGAUCGAGCAUGGUUCAUUGUCUCCAAGUCCACAAAAUGAGAUCCAGACUCCUCAUAGAAAGGCUGUUCCUCACUUCGCCGACAAUAGCCACCAUAUGACCAGGGAUGAAAACCAUAAUCCUUUCGCUGCUCUUCUGGCUGCGGAUCGUGUUCUCAACAGAGAAUCUCCAAGUGCAGUCUCCACAUCAAAUCAGAAUGGCGCACAGCAACAGUUUGGAAACCACCAUAUGCGUAGUGCACAUUCACUGUCUUCUAUUCCUACGACGCCGUCUCGCUCUCGGGUAGCUCAGCUGGAGAGUCAAUACUUCACUCCAAACAAAGAUUCUCAGCACCAGCGUCGGGAUAGGGACAGCACCAUAUCAGCAUCCGACACCGAGGGAGCCGAAACUGAAGACGACGCUCCUUCUCACACUGGUUCAGUGGCAACAAAUUUGUUUCGCCAUAGUCGUUCAGACCAUCAGAAUGCUGCAAGAGUGGCAAAUGCCCCUAAAUCGAGCACUUUGCUUCAAACAACACUGUUCGGUCAGGUUAGAAAAGCAGGAGUCGUGCAGUCCUCCGUCAGUCUCAAACGCAAGGCGAGUUUUGACAGUGUGGCCUCGAAGAAAUCAAAAGCGGAGGAACGAGCGAUCAAGCACAACAACCAGAUUCUCAACCAGCACUUCCGCAAGGACUGGCAGCGUCGUGUGCGCGUGCACUUCGACCAGCCUGGCCGCAAGCACCGCCGUCGUGAGGCCCGUCUUGCGAAGGCCGCCGCUGUUGCUCCUCGUCCGGUUGACAAGCUGCGUCCCGUUGUGCGUUGCCCUACCGUCAAGUACAACCGCCGUGUCCGUGCCGGUCGUGGAUUCACUCUCGCUGAGCUGAAGGAAGCCGGAAUCCCCAAGAAGCUCGCUUCUACCAUCGGUAUCGCUGUUGACCACCGCCGUGUCAACUACUCCAAGGAGUCGCUGGUCGCCAAUGUCGAUCGCCUCAAGGACUACAAGGCCCGCUUGAUCCUCUUCCCCCGCAAGAGUGGCCAGUUCAAGAAGCUUGACUCUUCUGCUGAAGAGGUCAACGCUGCCAAGGCUGCAUUCGCCGCUGAGGGCAAGACUGAGGGCUAUGCCACUCGCGCCAACGCUACCCUUCCCAUCAAGAACCUUUCUGCCGAGGAGGCUGUCACUGAGAUCAAGCGUGAUGAUCUGCCCAAGGGUGAGGAGGCUGCCUACCGCCGUUUGCGUGACGCCCGCAGUGAGGCCCGCUACAAGGGUAUCCGUGAGAAGCGUGCUAGGGCCAAGGCCGAGGAGGAAUCUGCCGCCAAGAAAUAA